ACCCACCACUAUAUCACAUAAUAAGAGCAAGAUAACAAACAAGCAAAAUGUUUCUGCUCCGGAUGCUCAGGUUCUUCAUCUUCCUCCCCCUCCUCACCUCAACAGUCACCCUAGCCCAGUCAACAGGCACUUCAACAGGCCUGACAAUCUCCCCCUCCGCCCUCAGCGACAUCGAGAAUCUAAUCACUGGCGCAAAAACGCUCUUGAGCCCCGACAGCAUCGGGAACAUCGAAACCACUUUGACAGGAGCUGCUACAUUGCUUAGCGGCACAACUGCUAACGACACCAAGACCUUGUUGACCGAAGUCAGCGCUCUGCUUUCGCCGGACUUGGUUCUUGCCGUGAGUAAGCUUGUUACUGCUGAUACGGUAAAUAAGUUGGGGGAUAUUGUGGAUAAUGCGCAUACGUUGUUGUCUGCGGAGUUUGUUAAUCAGACGACUACCUUGAUUAAUGAUGUGACACCGCUCGUGGAUGACUUGUCAAAGGUUCUUGGAGGUCUCCUCUCAGCACUAUUGGGUUAGCGAGGACAAUUGGCAGAGAAGAGGGAUGGAGAUCUUACUAACGAAUACGAUUUGGUUGCAAUUGCAUGAUUAUGAGUUAAUGGAUGUUUCUGCUUGAGAUAUUUUAUGUAUGGGCCACGAAAUGCUCAUACGAGCAUGGAUGUGUCUAUAUGCCCUGUUACCUAGACCCACAGCUAUGCCAUAUUUAUCUAGGUAGGCAAAAUACGUUAAUAAAUGAAAUAGAUGAAUGGUUG